AUGGGGAAGCAAGGACCUUGCUACCACUGUGGCGUUACAAGCACACCUCUGUGGAGAAAUGGUCCACCAGAGAAGCCAGUGUUGUGCAAUGCGUGUGGAUCUCGUUGGAGAACAAAGGGAUCACUUGUGAACUACACUCCUCUUCACUCUCGUGCUGAUGGUGAAGAGAAUCAGUAUCAAAGAAUGAAGAGCAUUUCUGUAAAUUACAAGAACACAGAGACGAAGAAGAUGCUCAAGAGGAAAGCAAUUCAAGAACCUCUCUUGGAAUUCAACUAUGGUUUCAAAAAGGCUGUGGUAGAGGAAGAUACUAGUAAUAGAUCAAGUUCUGGUUCUGCUAUAUCCAACUCUGAGAGCUGUGCACAGUUUAGUAGUGCAGAUGGGAGCGAGUUAACAGGUCCAUCUCAAUCUAGCGCGUGGGAGACAACUGUUCCUUGCAAGAGGAGGACGUGUGUGGGGCGUCCAAAGGCAUCUUCUUCUGUUGAAAAGCUCACACAAGACCUUUACAAUAUACUACAAGAGCAGCAAUCGUCAAUUUCAAUUGAAGAUGAUCUUCUUUUUGAGAAUGAAAUGUUGUCUAUGGUCUCUGUAGAGAUUGGACAUGGGAGUGUUCUGAUGAGGAAUCCAGCUAGGGAAGAGGAGUCUGAAGAAGCCAGCUCCCUCUCUUCGGUUGAGAACAAGUCAUCAUCCAUCAGUGAUGCAUACUCACAUUCCGUGAAGCGUGCUGAGAUUGAAACAAAGAGAGGUUCAGUGUCUGUUGGAGAAGCAGUAAAGGAAGAGCAACUCAAGAGGACUGGAAGAGUCCAUGUCCUGGGGAGCCAUAGUUCACCACUCUGUAGCAUAGAUUUGAAGGAUGUUUUCAACUUUGAUGAGUUCAUAGAACAGUUUACAGAGGAAGAACAGAAGAAACUGAUGAGAUUACUUCCUCAGAUUGACUCUGUUAACCUUCAUGAAAGCGUCAGAAUGAUGUUUGAAAGUGCUCAGUUCAAAGAGAACUUCUCUUUCUUUCAGAAACUUAUUGCAGAUGGUGUCUUUGAGAUGCCUUCUACCUCUGAAGCAAAACUGGAAGACAUAAAGUCUCUAAAGAAGCUUGCAUUGUCUGAUUUUCGCAAAUCUCGUUUGGUGGAAAGCUAUAACUUCCUCAAGAAAGGAGAGAAAGGGUCUGUUACUACAACUUCAAGAAGUUCAAACCCAAAUGCACAUAAACAUAUUGUAACCAUUAAGAGACGCUGUGAAAACCAAACUCAAUCAAAGUCAGAGUCAAGAGGACUAAUGAGGAGCCCUAAAAGUGUAACGAAGAUGAAAGCAAGCCAUGAAAGCAACAAUGGGUCAUGCUUUAGCCAAAGAAGCUUGGCUUCUGUGUUUGCGCAAGAAAGUGGUUAUGAAGGUAGUUGCAGCAGUUCUGAUCAAGAUCUCCUUCUUUUGGACUUGCCGUCAAAUGGGACGUUUCCUCAAGCAGAGCUGCUUCACCAACUAUGA